CGAGCCUGGCGGCGGGCUGGGCCCCGCAGCAGCUCCCGCCGGCCGGCUUCGUCCUGCGCUCCACGCUCCCGGUGGCCGAGCUCGGCCGCGCCCAAGCCCCGCCAUGCGGCCCCCGGGGCUCUGCGGGGCCGCGCCGCUGGCCGCGGCCGCCCUUCUGGUGCUGGGGGCUCCCCUGGUGCUGGCCGGCGAGGACUGCCUGUGGUACCUGGACCGGAAUGGCUCCUGGCAUCCAGGCUUUAACUGCGAGUUCUUCACCUUCUGCUGCGGGACCUGCUACCAGCGGUACUGCUGCAGAGACCUGACCUUGCUUAUCACCGAGAGGCAGCAGAAGCACUGCCUGGCCUUCAGUCCCAAGACCAUAGCAGGCAUCGCCUCGGCUGUGAUCCUCUUUGUGGCUGUGGUGGCCACCACCAUCUGCUGCUUCCUCUGUUCCUGCUGCUACCUGUACCGCCGGCGCCAGCAUCUGCAGAGCCCAUUUGAAGGCCAGGAGAUUCCAAUGACAGGCAUCCCAGUGCAGCCAGUAUACCCAUACCCCCAGGACCCCAAAGCUGGCCCCGCACCCCCACAGCCUGGCUACAUGUACCCUCCUAGUGGUCCUGCUCCCCAGUAUCCACUCUACCCGGCUGGGCCCCCUAUCUACAACCCUGCAGCUCCUCCCCCCUAUAUGCCACCACAGCCGUCCUACCCAGGACCCUGAGGAACCAGCUGUGUCUCUGCUGCCCCUUCAGUGAUGCCCUUCUCCUGUAUCUGCAUCUGGCCCUGGGGGUGGGCGAGGGUCCUCUAUUCCUCAGGCCCCAGACCAAGCCAAGCCCUGGGUCUUGCUGGUGAUGGAGCCCCAGGGAAGUAGACCAGGAGCUGAGCUGGAACUUGGCUGUGAAUGAGGGGUGGGUGGGGAGGGCUUGGGAUCACUGGACUGUUUUUACCUGGGACAAGAGAAGGACAUGAAAGCCUGGGUCAAGACCCCUGCUUUCUCAGAGUCCGUCAACUUCCAAGAUCCCAGCCAGGAACGCUGGGGCCCUCCCUGUUUGCACACUGUGGGGCGGGGCAGAGCAGGGAGAGGGCUCCAUCAGCAGUGGGUGGAAGCCCUGCUCCCGGCUGCCCCACUGGUCACAGGGCUCCAACUGCUGGAUUAAAGCUGUAAAGCUGUAA